UCUGUUUAAUUGUUUCAGGUUUUUGCAUCUUGUUCUGUGGACCAGUCGAUUCGUAUCUGGGACAUUCGUGCUCCUCCAAAUUCGAUGCUCUCGGCCAACGAAGCGCACUCGUCAGACAUUAAUGUGAUCAGCUGGAACAAGAGUGAACCUUUUCUCUUGUCCGGAGGAGAUGACGGGGUCCUCAAAGUCUGGGACCUGCGACAAUUUAAGACUGGACAUCCUGUGGCCAACUUUAAGCAGCACAGUGCCCCCAUCACUUCAGUAGAGUGGAGCCCCAUAGACUCCAGUGUUUUUGCCGCCGCUGGAGCUGAUGAUGUUGUCAGCCAAUGGGAUCUGUCCGUGGAGUCAUGUGACGUGGGUGCCCGAGUCGAGGGGGUGAAGGACCUGCCCCCUCAGCUUCUGUUCCUGCACCAGGGUCAGACCGAGAUCAAAGAAAUUCACUGGCAUCCACAACUACCAGGUGUUCUGGUUUCCACGGCACUGUCGGGCUUCAACGUGUUCCGGACGAUAUCUGUGUAGAGGAGAGCGCUUGAGUACAUAAAGACUGUACUCAGGAAUGGACAAAACCAAAUGUAUCAAUACUUUUUGGUUCAUUCUCUUGGCAAUAACCAGUAUUUUUCCAGUCCAUCAAAUUGUCAUAUUAUUCAAAUUUCCCUAUUUGUAAGUGUUAUAAAUGUGACAGAAAUAAUGGUGACUUGGUACUCCGCAGUACUCGACAGUAUCUGUGAGUACACAGUGACUGAAUGCACCACAAACUGACAAAUACUGACAAAAAACAAUGGUCUAUUUUUGAAUUAUGCAAGGAAUGGUUAUAUAAUUUUCAAAUCCUACAGAAAUGUGAGUGUAUGUCUGUAAUGUUUUCUUCAAGUUCUCUUUUGAAGGGGGAAAAAGGUGCAGUAAUAUCACCUUGUAUGCUUGUUUCAUAAAUCAUUAUCUAGCCUACUUAGUUUUUGGUUGGUUUCUGAAAUGGUGACUCUGUACUUGGUAACGAAAUGUUACAUAAGUAGAAUUAGUAUAUAGUUAAUCUUCUAGAGUAAACGAUACUCACCUCUUCUAAGAAGAUAAAUAUUGAUGACAUUUCUUCACUAUUCAGCAGUUUGUCUGUAUUGUCCUUUCAGUUUAAUUAGUUUUCUACUGCUAAUAUGUACAGUACAGAUAACCCAAUACAUAAAAUACAUCCUA